AUGUGCUCCACCUCGAGUGAGCUCUUGAAGAAGACUCUCCUUUUAGGUCGGCCAAUUCCAUGCUUGGUCUGCUGUCUCUCGCGCACGUCUGUCACUGUAACUGUAAGUUGUUGGCAGCUCUCCAAUUGGCCGGGGCCUCCUACGCUUCCCCUCCUUCAACCCGGCCGCCCUUACUCUCCCUCCUCAAGAUGUAGCCGCAUUGCUGCUCUGCCCUCGCAGAAGAGAGAGAGAGAGAGAGUGAUAGGCAGCAAGCAAAAGGGAGCCGGUGGAGAGGGAUGA